AUGGAAGAGGCAGGGGUUACAGCAUCACGGAUAUGGGGCAAGAGGCAUGGGAACAGAGCAGCAGCCAUGGUAGACUACAAGAAGCUGAGACAGGUCCUCUUCGGAAAUGUGGUCCAUGUCUUCAGCUAUGACUGGAAAAAGGCCUAUUUCAGGUUCCACGAUCCUUUUUCUGACCUGGCUUUCGCUUUGGAAAUGGGAAAGGGAGGUGCCCGCAGCAUUCAGAUGGCUGUGCAAGGACACGUCGUCAAGUACUUGUUGUUUACCAGGAAGGGCAAAGACAGUUUACGUGACAUAAGCAAGCAGGAACAGGAGAGAGCCCUGGCCAUGGUGCUCGCUGACAUCCUGUGGGCUUCAGGAGCCGCUCAGAAGGCCACCAUCUGUCUUGUCUCUGAGGACACUUACGUUGUCUCGACUCCUGACUACUGCGGGGACAAUUUCACUGAGAGGCUCCAGCUGUUUGAAUUUUUAGAGAAAGAGGCCGCUGAAAAAUUCAUCUAUGAUCAUUUACAAUGUUUCAAAGGGGAAGGGAGCCAUGGUGUCAUCCUCUUUCUGUACAGUCUGAUCUUCUCCAGAACAUUUGAAAGACUUCAAAAGGACCUAGGUGUCACCACCACUCAUCUGUUACAGCCACAUGCUGGAGGCUUCCUGUGCAGGCAGGCAGUUCUGAACAUGAUUUUAACUGGAAGAGCAAGCCCAAAUGUCUUCAAUGGCUGUGAGAAAGGGAAAUCCUGGGAAAUAUUACAUGGAGUCCUGGCCCGUAGUGACAUCGGCUAUUUGCAGUGGGGGAAGGAUGCCUCAGAAGAUGACAGACUCUCACAGGUGGGCAGCAGGCUGAAGACGCCCAAGUUACCUGUUUGGCUAUGCAGCAUCAAUGGACAUCACAGCAUUCUUUUUUGCACGAAUAGGCAGCUGUUAUCAGACUGGAAGAUGGAGCGUCUCUUUGAUCUGUACUUUUACAGCGGCCAGCCCUCGCAGGACAAGCCUGUGCAUCUUACAAUAGAUACUCACUCCCAUCACUGGGAAAGGGACCAACAGGAAGACAGACAUGGAUCAGGAAGACGGUUUUCUCCAGUGGAGAUGGUAAUCAGAACCAAGUGGAGAGAGGCCACCAUCAACUGGAAUGGGACUGUUCCCUUCUUCUAA